GUUCUUUUUCUGUGGUAUCCCUCAGAAACUCGUAAAAAGGAAAAACGGUAAAAUUGGGACUUUUAUUCCUUGCACAGUUCCUUAUAUGUUCACUGACGGACGUACAUUGGUAUUUAGGUUCCCUGAUUUGUUGUCGGUGCACGGUCAUCCUGUGUCUCAAGGUGUCUCCUGUCUGACCGAUAUAACCAGCGCAACGUAUGACAUAGAUAAGGUUUGAACUGGUGCAUGACAUGGAGGUUUUGAUGGAAAAAUCGCUUCCGGUUUUAAAUUGAAAUGUGGAUCCUUCUGUCAGAUAUGGGCAUGUACUACAUCUGGGUUUGUGGCAUUUUUUGAUGAUAGGUGGUUCCUGGAUUUUACUGGAAAACGAUGCUCUGAUUCUAUUACAAACUACAGCAGCAACCCAAGCACAAACAGAAAUCAAACACGCCCGAGUAUUCCUUUCCAUCAGCCACCUUUCAGACAAAACAGGAAACAACGUAGAAAUUAUACUACACCUAGGAAUUCUUUUUUAGGACAUGGCCCCAGACAAAACCAAAUAACAUAACGCAAAACAAAGAAGCGGACCAAAUACACGAACCAAAAGUAAUAAAUCUAUCAAAUCGAAUUCUUUCUGACAUUGAAAUUAAAGUACUUGAAAAGGGAUUAAAAUUUACACCGACGCCUCGCUCAAAACAUAUAGAGGAAAUUACCAAUGAUACAGAUGCUUUUUGCAGAAGAUUACGAUUGGCUGAAUUUUUCUUAGAUACAGAUAAUGAUGACGAAUCUAUUGUAUCCAACAAAAGUGACUUUAUGCCGCCUAAAGGUAGGAACCAAUAUUUGGAUAAAUUUAUUGAUACAGUGAAAACGUUUCCUAUAGAACAACUUAGCGGUAAAAAUACCUUUAGGAACAACAUAAACAAAUUAGAGUGGGAUGCAAUUGAAAAUUUAAAAAAUGAUGAAAGCAUUAUCAUUAAAGAAGCAGACAAAGGGAGCGCUGUGGUCAUAAUGGAUCGUGAAUACUACAAAUCAUUAUGCCUCUCUGUACUUGAAAAUAGUACAUACUAUGAAAAACAACCAUCAUAUGAAAGUAAGGAAGUCAUGCAAAAACUAAAAACUAUUAUUAAUGAAUACGGACAACAACUAACAGAGAAGGAAACCAAAUAUUUGUUGUCAUUUAACAUUAAAACUAGUAACUUUUAUGGUUUGCCUAAAAUACACAAAAGCCAGACCAUUAAGGACAAGUGCAAAAUUUCCGAAUCUACUUACAUCAACGUAACAAGUCCAGAUGAUCUCACUAUUAGACCCAUAGUUGCAGGACCCACGUGUGAAACCCACAGAAUAAGUAACCUAUUGGAUAUUCUAUUGAAACCUUAUAUUUCCAAAGUUCAUAGUUAUAUAAGAGACACUGUGGAUUUUCUUAAUACCAUUCCUGAGAAAAUCAACCCUCAAUCAAUUCUUGUUUCAUUUGAUGUCACCAACCUGUAUUCCAAUAUUCCACAUGAUCUUAGACUUACUGCCAUAGAACAUUGGAUUGACAAAUUUCCCAAUCUUUUACAUGACCGAUUUUCCAAAGACUUCGUUUUAAAAAGUCUUCAACUGAUAUUGGAAAACAAUUAUAUGCAUUUCAAUGAUAUCAUUUACAAGCAAAAAUUAGGCACAGCCAUGGGAACCAAAGUUGCUCCAACUUAUGCCACACUUGUCCUAGGCUAUUUAGAAGAAAAACUAUAUUCAAACAUUCAAGACAAAUUUGGUCACGACUAUGAAACCUUCAUUAGAAAGUCAUGGAAACGUUAUGCCCCAAUAGUGCAUACCAACAGCCCAUAG